AUGUUCAGAAGAUCUUUAAACGUAUGCUGCCCAAUUGGCGGUAAACCAUUCGGAUCCUUUCAAAAUGUUCAAGAUAUAAAUCGGGUGUUGCAAAAUUCUGUCACUCAACCAGCCAACGAUCGAGUCUUUGAAUCGACUUUACAAAACAUGAACAACCGUGAAAGUCUCAAUAACCCUCAAUUAUUCACUUUAAAUCCAUCUAAUCAAAAUGUGUUCAACACUCCACUGAACCCUCAAAUAUCAAUUCAAAGACCAUUCGAAUCAAAUCUUGGGAAUUUACAAUCAUCAAAUAUCAAUCAAAAUCAGUUUAACGAACGACGACCAAUAAUCGAGCCAAAUCCUUUAGGCUUGCAAUCAUCGGUUAUAGGGCCAAAUCGGAUUAGUCAACCAUCUUCAAUUAUUCAAUCAAAUGGAUUAAACUCACAAGCGCCAAUGCCUUUUCCACUUAAUCCACAAUUUAUCAGGCGAACUUUAAUGCCGGAAUCGUUUAUUCCAAAACCUGAGCCUUUUAGGCCGCAGCCAUUUAAUCCUCAAACUUUUGUUCCGAUUGGUAAUAGAUAUGGGAAUGAUGACGAAGAAUAUGAAUUUGAAGAUGAUGAUUGUAACCAUGGUGAUGUUGGAGAAUAUGAUCACUCAGAUACAUAUCAUCAGCACCAUCAAAAUCCACAUAAAAAUCACCAAAAUCAUCAUUAUUUAAAUCCAACAAAACAUCCAAAUUAUUUGCCGCCUCAUCAGGAUUCGUUCGAAAAUCAAAAAAAGAAAGAUGAAGAUGACUCAAAGAUUUAUUUUGAACCAUUCGCGCAUAACAUGCAACAUUAUCCAAAUCAGUUUGGCCAGAAUCCACAUUUACACACUAUGGUUGAUAACAGACCACCUCGACCUAUUCACCAACAGAAACCUAUUGUCCAGCCAUAUCCAAUAAACCAACGCCCUCCAAUAGGUCAACAAAUUCCAAUAAAUAAUCAACAAUCACUUAAUCAAAGACCAGCUAAUGCAGGAAUAAACCAACGACCUCCAAUAGGUCAACAAAUUCCAAUAAAUAAUCAACAAUCACUUAAUCAAAGACCAGCUAAUGCAGGAAUAAACCAACGACCUCCAAUAAGUCAACAAAUUCCAAUUAAUAAUCAACAAUCUCUUAAUCAACGACCAGCUAAUGCUGGAAACAGACCACAAGAAAAAGAACCUACUUAUGAAGAUUUUGGCGGAGAAUUUGUAAAACUUCCUUUAGUUCUAAUUGAUAAGCCACCAAGUAAUGGACAACAGUCUAGUAGCUUACCAGCAACUCGGCCAAUUAAUAAUCAACAAUUUAUUCAAAUUCCUGGACCAAAUGCGCCAACAAAUAUGAUGCAGCCCAUUCCCAAACCAGAUAGACCAAGCAAUGACAAUUUAGAUAGAAUAAACGAAAAUCAAGGACUAAUAGUUAAUCCACAAGAUAAAACUCAAGAUUUUGAUUAUGGUGAUCUGCCAAAUAGUGACAAACUAGUGCUCCACCCAACGGUGAAUAAUGUUUUGUUGCCGCCAUUUCGUGAAAGUGAGCAAUCAAUUAACUCCAAUGGUGAUCAAAAUAGUGUUAAUAACAUUACACAAGAUGGAAAUAGUAACACAAAUAAUGAAAAUAAUUUAUUAACAGUUCAAAAACUGAUUGAUAGAAUUUUCUCAACUGAUAAUAGAGAUAUGAGCAUUUUUGCAUCAGCCAAUGGCAAAGAUUUAUUUGGAACAAACUUAUCAAAUACCAAUUCUGGUGUACGAGAUAAUAUUAGUCCAACGGAAAAAUUUAAUCAAUUGUCUAAUACAACUCUUAUGGUAACAACUGUACAACAACUCAUUGACGAACUAUUUCCAUUCCAAAAUGCAAAUAGUACAAAUCUGACAAGUUCCAAUAGUGAUACGGAUUCGCCUAGAAUGUUUGAAUCAAACAUAAAAACCACCAAAAAUCAACAGCAAGGAUUCAAUAUACCUUCUGAUAACAAGCAAACAGAUGGUGUAUUUGGAGGAGAAAAUGCUACUAUAGUUAGCAUUGAAACAAAUCCGCCAAUUACAAAUGAAACAGUUAAUACAGGAACAAGAAAUAACAUCCAAAAUGAUACUGCUGAGAACUCGGACCAAGUCGUGGAACCACAUUUGAACCAAACACAACUUCUAGAUUUGACUGGUAAAAAUCAGUCAUUGUUGAGUGAUAAUAAUGGAAUUCAAAAAAUAAAGAUUGAUAUUCGAUUCGGAGAAGACAAUAGUACCGAAAAACAGGUUACUGAACCAAUUUUAGCUUCCAACAUCACUGAGCAACUAAUUACUAAUAAACCAGUUGACGUUCAACAAAUACCGAUUCCAACAGUGAGUCAAGAUAGUUAUAUAAAACCUGGUCACAGACCUAUUUAUGCAUACACAGGGAGUUAUGGACAGUCACCAUAUUAUACACAAACCUCAAAAUAUCCAAAUAAUGCAAAUGUAUUUGAUCAUUUCGAGAGUUAUCGCAAUUUCUUUUUGUUUGCAAGACAAAGUUGGGAUCGCGUUAAAGAAUCAUUAAGAAAGCAUUACUGA